AUGGAUAUUCCUGAACAUAUGUCAUCAAGGAGAGAAGGGUCAGCCGCCCCGCAUAAUUCAUUAACUGCAGAAGCAUCUCAUACAACUGUUACAUCAUCUGGGGGUAGCCAGCCAAUACAUAGACAGGUUGAACAAGAAGUACAGGGGCUAGAUAUGAGACCAAGGGGUGGAAAUUUUAAAGAACUACGAAAGAUGGGAGCCGUUGACUUUGUUGGGACUACUGAUCCUGCCGAGGCUGAGAUAUGGUUGAAGAGGACAGAGCUUGUGUUUAAUCAGAUGGCUUGUAUUGCAGAAGAACGUUUUGAUUACGCAGUGUCUCUUCUUCAGGGCGAUGCUUACUAUUGGUGGGAGACUGUCCCACGAGCUAUGAUACAUCCUCCAGUACUUAGUUGGGAUGACUUCUUGAGAGAGUUCAGUGAUAAGUAUAUGCCACCAGUGUAUCGUGAUGAGAAGCAAAGAGAGUUAUUGUCCCUUAAACAAGGAUCUAUGUCAGUUGCAGAUUAUGAAGUGAAGUUUACUCAGCUUUCUCGUUAUGCAUCGACAUUGCUACCUACAGAACAAGAUAAGUGCAGACGUUUUGAAGAAGGAUUGAUAUAUGAGAUAAGAAGCAUAAUCACACCUUCAGAUCUACAUGCAGUGGCUAUACGAGCAGAGAGACUAGUGAAAGAAAGACAUGUGUAUAUUCAAAGACAAAAGAGAGGACCACCGGAGUAUAGGGGUGAAUCAGGCUCGAGCAUUUCAAAAAGGCCUAGUUCUUUUUCUUCGGCAUCGAGUUUCAGUAGAGGAGGUCCAUUGGGUCAAAGAGGCGGACGUGCACAACCUUUCAGUUAUAAGUGGGAACGAGGAUCUGCUAUGACAGCACGUGCACAACCUUUAUGCGUGCACUGUGGACGACCACAUACAGUGGAAUGCCGAACAAUUACAGGAGAUUGUGCUACAGUUAAUGAUCAAGUUAAAGACAUUUCUGUUGUUAAAGAAUUUCCUGACGUUUUUCCUGAAGAUUUACCUGGAUUACCACCUGAUCGGGAAACAGAGUUUACUAUUGAGUUGUUACCAGGUACUGCACCUAUUUCAAUUCCUCCUUAUCGAAUAUCGCCAUUGGAGUUACAGGAGUUGAAGAAACAGUUACAAGAGUUGUUAGAUAAGGGAUUUAUACGGCCCAGUGUUUCACCUUGGGGAGCGCCAGUGUUGUUUGGUGCACAAGUGUUUUCAAAAAUAGAUAUCGGAUCAGGGUACCAUCAGUUGAAGAUUGCUAAAGAUGAUAUUCCGAAAACAGCCUUUCGAACUCGAUACGGCCAUUAUGAGUUUUUGGUAAUGCCUUUCGGACUUACGAAUGCACCUGCAGCUUUUAUGGCACUGAUGAAUAAAGUAUUUCAACCAUUUCUGGAUCAGCUUGUGAUUGUUUUUAUAGACGACAUAUUGGUCUACUCGCGAAGUACAAAGGAUCAUGUUAAUCACUUGCAGUCAGUAUUACAAGUUCUACGAGAUAAACAACUUUAUGCAAAGUUGAGUAAAUGUGAGUUUUGGUUAGAUCAUGUGGUAUUUUUGGGACACGUGGUGUCAGGUCGAGGAAUAGAAGUGGAUCUACAAAAAAUUGAAGCAAUUGUCAACUGGAAAGUGCCAACUACAGUUACAAAGGUUCGAAGCUUCCUGUGUAUGGCUGGAUACUAUAGACGUUUUGUGGAAGGAUUCUCGAUUAUUGUGGGAUCAAUGACAAAAUUGUUACGGAAGAAGGCCCCUUUCAUAUGGAGUGAAGAAUGUCAUAAGAGUUUUGAUGAGUUGUAG